GGGUACCGCUGCCCCGAGCCGCAGUGCGCGCUUGCCUUCGCCAAGAAGCACCAGCUCCAGGUGCACCUGCUGACGCACGGCGGCGGCCAGGGCCGGCGGCCCUUCAAGUGCCCGCUGGACGGCUGUGGCUGGGCCUUCACCACGUCGUACAAGCUCAAGCGGCACUUGCAGUCGCAUGAUAAGCUGCGGCCUUUCGGCUGCCCGGUGGGCGGCUGCGGCAAGAAGUUUACCACCGUUUACAACCUCAGGGCGCACAUGAAGGGCCACGAGCAGGAGAGCCUGUUCAAGUGCGAGGUGUGCGCCGAGCGCUUCCCCACGCACGCCAAGCUUAGCUCGCACCAGCGCAGCCACUUCGAGCCCGAGCGGCCCUACAAGUGCGACUUUCCCGGCUGUGAGAAGACGUUCAUCACAGUGAGCGCUCUGUUCUCCCAUAACCGGGCCCACUUCAGGGAACAGGAACUCUUUUCUUGCUCCUUCCCUGGAUGCAGCAAACAGUAUGACAAAGCCUGUCGUCUGAAAAUCCACCUGAGAAGCCAUACAGGCGAAAGACCGUUUAUCUGUGAUUCUGACAGUUGUGGCUGGACCUUCACCAGCAUGUCUAAACUCCUGAGGCACAAAAGGAAGCACGACGAGGACCGCCGCUUUCCCUGCCCCGUCGAGGGCUGCGGGAAGUCGUUCACCAGGGCCGAGCACCUCAAGGGCCACAGCGUCACCCACCUGGGCACCAAGCCCUUCGCGUGUCCCAUGGAAGGGUGCUGUGCCAGGUUCUCCGCGCGGAGCAGCCUCUACAUACAUUCCAAGAAGCACCUGCAGGACGUGGCCGCCGCGAAAAGCAGGUGCCCGGUGUCCAGCUGCCACAGGCUCUUUGCUUCCAAGCACAGCGUGAAGGCCCACGUGAUCCGGCAGCACCACCGGCACCCAGACCUCUUCCCUCCGCUGGGAGCUCCAAGCGCGCUCGCGCCCGGCAGUGACCUCAGCAGCCCUGGCCAGAGUGAGUUCAGCAGCGUGGACCUGGCGGUCCUCUUCUGCGACACGCCUGGCGACAGCGGUGGUGCCCCCAGGGCCUCCGACGAGGCGCUCCACGCUGGGAUCCUGACUGUCGACGUGACUUCUGUGAGCGCCUCUCUCGGGGGGGGCCUCCCUGCCAGUCAGGCUGCCUCAGGGCCCAUGGGCCCCUUGGUCUUGGUGGCCCACAGUGACAUCCCACUGGGCCCGGACAGGCCCCUCGUCCUCGGGACGGCAGCCACGGUUCUCCAGCAGGGCAGCCUCGCUGCAGGUGACGUGCAGGCCAUGGACCCAGGGGCGCUGGGCUGUCUGGUGGCCCUGCCCGUGAAGAGCUUGAGUCGGGACCCCCAGGCUUUGACCUCUGCGAGCGGCCCCCAGGGAGACAGCAGUGCCUUGGAGCUGCUGGUUCCCAUCAAAGUGGAACCAGACUCGGUCCCCGACCCCGACGCCGUCAGACAGCAGGCGUGGAGCGGAGGGGCGCCGCGGCCUGUGGAGCCCAGCCCUGCAGAGGAGCUCGGACCUCGGAAAGACGCGGGACUUGGCGCGGGGACCGGCGGCUUCUACUUGGAAGGCGGGGGCUCAGCAAGAACUGAUUCCCGAGCCAUUCAACUGGCCAAGGAAAAAAAGCAGAGAGGAGCUGGGAGCCACACAGUGCUGACGGCCCCACCCCCUCCGGAGGCCGAGCGGCUGCCACCCCGAGUCUCAUUGUCAGACUGUCUGAAGGGGCCUGUCUGCCAGAUGGCGCGUUCCAGGGGCCUCGAGACUCCUUCCCGGGGGCUGGGCCACGGGGCAAGGGCGCUGCUGCCUCGGGACGCCCGGCGGGCGUGCUGGGAAGCAGAUUCAAACACGUGA